AUGCAGCUGCUGCCUUCCUUUGAGAUUGGUGCUUGGACAGAAGAGGACGUGUAUUUUUGGGUUCAGCAGCUCGUCAGAAAAGGUGACACUUCAGAGGAGAUGAGCGUGUAUGCGAACUUGUUUAAGGAAAACAACAUUACAGGAAAGCGACUGCUUCUUCUCGAGGAAGAAGACUUGAAAGACAUGGGCAUCGUCUCCAAGGGGCAUAUCAUCCAUUUAAAGUCAGCCAUUGAGAAGUUAACCCACGAUUACCUAAACUUGUUUCACUUCCCACCACUAAUUAAGGACUCAGUAGGUGAACCUGAAGAAAAUGAGGAAAAAAUAGUGAACCUUGAACUUGUUUUUGGUUUUCACUUGAAACCAGGGACUGGCCUACAGGAUUGUAAGUGGAAAAUGUAUAUGGAAAUGGAUGGGGAUGAAAUUGCAAUAACCUACGUCAAAGAUGUGACAUUCAACACUAACCUACCUGAUGCAGAGGUUUUAAAGCUGACAAAGCCCCCGUUUGUAAUGGAGAAGUGGAUUAUAGGAAUAAUGGAAAAUCAGACUGUAGAAUGCACAGUCACAUAUGAGAGCGAUGUUAGAGCUCCAAAAAGCACUAAGCACGUCCAUUCAAUUCAGUGGAGUAAAACGAAGCCUCAGGAUGAAGUGAAAGCUGUCCAGCUUGCCAUCCAGACGUUAUUCCCCAACUCAGAGGGCAACCCUGGAAGCAGGUCUGACUCAAGUGCUGAUUGCCAGUGGCUGGAUACUCUGAGGAUGCGGCAGAUUGCAUCCAACACCUCCUUACAGCGCUCCCAGAGCAACCGCAUCCUGGGGUCACAAUUCUUCCCCUAUCUCAAUGACCAGGACUCCUAUGCUGCUGCUGUGAGACGGACCCAGGUGCCCAUUAAGUACCAACAGAUAACACCUAUAAACCAGUCCAGAAGCUCCUCUCCUACUCAGUAUGGACUGACCAAAGACUUCUCUUCUCUGCAUCUCAACUCCAGGGAUAGUGACUUUUCCAGUCUUAAUACUGACAGCUCUUUAGAGAGGGGUCGAAUCUCAGAUAGAAGCAGGAACAAAUACAAUCAAGCUAGCCUAUCACUCAAUUCUUCUCUGAGAGGAAGAUUCAGUGGAAGAAAUCAGCAUUCCACUCCUUCAAGAGAAAGAUACUCUGGAAAAUUCUGCAGGGUUUCUCAGUCAGCACUCAAUACUCACCAGUCACCUGACUUUAAGAGAAGCCCAAAUGCCUCCCAUCAACCCAGGACCAUCCCAGGGAUGCCUUUGUGCACAGACACUGACUCACGAGCCGAUGAAGAGGAAAGCAAAGUCAGCGAAGGGGGAUGGACAAGGGUGGAACACCGGAGAAAACCCCACAGGCCCUCUCCUGCCAAGACCAACAGAGAAAGACCCAGAGGAAACUUCCGUGGAAGGAGAAACUUUUGAUGAAUUGAACUAGUUGAGCUUUGCCUAGCACGUUUUUUUUUAAUGUAAUGGAUUUUGCUAAUGUGCUGCCUUCCAACAGAAUUAACAAAAAGACAACCUUUCCAUUUUUUGGAUUUGGGAAAUACCUUCUAAGUGAGACUGUAGCCAAAACAGGGCCAAAUUAUGGGUGUUCGUUGUCCAAUGUAAGUAACUAGACUUAAAUAUAACCAAACGUAUUUUAUUUCCCUGAAUUAACAUCUUUAGAGGAGGGAAUACACCAUUUUAUUACCCUAGCCAUCGCUGUUCUGGUUAGCAGGGCCUAGACUAGGGUGAGGUUAAAUGGAAAAACUUAUCUUAAAUGGGGCACUCAUCUUGGGUGCAAAAUUUAAGGGAGGAAUCAAAAAGCUCAGUAAUCGGGCUUCCCUGGUGGCACAGUGGUAGCGCGUCCGCCUGCCGAUGCAGGGG